UUUUCUUCUUCAUAGGUCAGAGCGACUGCCUGCAAGUUACACACUCACUUCCUUCCUCCGAACCCUCAAAUCACGUCAAGGAACUUGUUCCACUUUUACAUCUGCUGCUGAGAAGCAAUGAAGGACGUUUUUGUGCUGCUCUCUGUGCACGCUAUGCAGGUGUUCGCGCUGCCCUAUCAGGCUGAGUCCGGCGUAAAGUGCAGCAAUCCAGAUCGAGAGUACCUGCUGGAGACUUUAGGACUGUGCUGCAGCAAGUGCCCACCUGGGCGGCGACUGACGCAGGAGUGCAAUGAAACAGCAGACAGUGUGUGUGAGCCGUGUGGACGCGAACAAUACAUGGAGAGUUGGAACUACGCCCCAAACUGCUUCCCUUGCGCCAAGUGCAGAACUUACAAAGGCUUGCAGUUCACUCAAGUCUGCCUCUCUACCGCCAUGUCCAAGUGUGAGUGUCGACCUGGCAUGUACUGCAUCAUGGAGUCCGAUGAGCAACACUGCACUGAAUGUUUACAUCACACUGCUUGCAAAGCCGGUUAUGGAGUCUCUGUGCCAGGGACAUCAAACACAAACGUGAAGUGUAAAAAAUGCGGUGACGGAACGUUCUCCAACGUCUCCUCGACAGUGGAGCCCUGUAGGCCACAUACAUCCUGUCAUGGGAGACCUGUCUUAAAAGCAGGGACGUCAACCUGGGACACCGUGUGCGAAGCUGACCUACUGCUGCCGCACGUCCAAACAAGUGGACAUGCCAAUCAAACUUACAGUUCAAUUACUAGAACAUCACCCGAUUCUGUGCUGUCAUCUCCAAAAAGCCUGGGAUCUGACACGAAUCAUGAUGUAGCAGUCGCCAGCGUUGUUGGCGUGAUCGCGUUCUUCAUCAUUGUCGCCAUCAUCCUGCUGAUCAUUUACAAGACAAUACGCCCGAAAGGCACUGGCAGUUUGCAACCUGAAGACAAUGCAAAUGAAAAUGGUGACGAUAAAAUCAAUGAAGGUCACUUGGGUGAAACUCUGCUGACUGUGGUGGACUUACCGCAACAACAGUAUUUGCUGCAGAGAGGGGAGGUCAGCGGGGAUUCAGGUCACUGCAGCAGCAGCAGCAGCGACACAGGCAGCCAGAAGUCCGUGGAGCCCCUGCAGUCCACCCAAUUCCUGCAGCAGUCUGCUGCUUCAGAGACCCCCGUUCGACCGACACAGCCCCCUGUCGCCGCCAGUCCGCACGUCAAUGUCAACAUCACGUUCAACAUAGGGGAUGGAGACCCACGCUGCACGAUGCAGAGACACUCUGAGCUGAGCUUUGGACACGAGGAGGAGGGACAAGAGUCCCUCAGCGUCCCACAGCAGGAAGAGGGGAGAGAUUUGUUGGCAAAAGAAAUUACAUUAAAAAGUACAUACAGUAUGCACGUAUGAAAUAUUUAUAACGGUAUUUCCCCAAAGAAUGUACUCGCAUUGGUUGUAUCUACUGUAUAUAAGUCUAUGUAUAGUUUUUUGUUUUUCCCUCCGCUUUUCCCCGGCCAGUCAGAGAACCCAACCUGUGUCCUAUGCCAUAAAAGGCAUAAAGAUGAUCAUUACACCACUGAGGAUCCAUCCAUCCAUUUUCUACCGCUUGUCCCUUACCACUGAGGAUAUUUCUGUAAAUAUAAAGAACUUAAAAAGACCUGUUUCGGUUAUGGCAGUUUUGUCUCUUCAGGGAGACACUUUUUUCGACUCAGCUCCCGGAAAAAAAAGAAAAAACUAACGAUUGCUGGGCAUGAUGAUGCGGGUUCGUUCUCUCAAUGAAGGUUUAGUCAAUGAAUAAAAACAGACUAGGAAACAGAAGAACUUCCACGAGGCACAAAAGGGAAAACAAAAACUACGAGCAUGAGAGCUAGAGGAAAACAAAUGCAUAGCGCGAAAGCUAGCAAGUAGAAAUAUGUAAUAGGAAUCGUUACUGAAGUGAAACACAAACUGCGUGAAAGAAUGGGAUGCGAGAGUGAAUGAACAGAAAAGGCAGGCUUAAAUAUGGGUGGUGAUUAACAAACAGGUGUGAGUCAACAGCGAGUAGCAGGUGGAACUAAUAUGAAACCAUGGUAAUUAGAUAAAACAGGAACUAAGGAAGUCAAACAACAGAAUGUGAUACAAAACGGAACAAAACUAGAAUAUGGAAUGAUCCGGGCAGUGGAUCAUAACAAAAACGGUCCAAAUAUUUGCCUCUUAGAACCGUUUCGUUUGGAGCUCAGUGAUUUCCAUCGUGGAACUGUCAUGGGAUGCCACCGGUGCAACAAAUCCAGUCGUGAAAUUUCCUCGCUCCUAAAUAUUCCAAAGUCAACUGUCUGCUUUAUCAUUAAGAAAAUGGAAGCAUUAUGGGAACAACAGCAACUCAGCCACCAAGUCCUGCCUCAGUUAUGGGAAUUUUGCCUCUUUGGGGAGACACUUAUUUCGACUCAGCUCUCGAAAAAACAAAGACAAAACGGUCCAAAGAGUUGCCUCAAAGAACCGUUCGUUUGCGAACAACCCAUCACUAAUCUGCUGUUUUAACUUAUGAGGCCCAUUUAAAGGAAGUUGCACUUUUUAGCCUGAUUCUUCAUCACAUCUAACACCUGUUUUUCCUUUAUUUUGAAGGGAGAGCUUUGGAUGUAUUAGUCAUCUAAUGCUUUAAAAAAAUGUAAGUAUAAGAGUAUAUCAAAAUACACUAAAUUGCCAAAAGUAUUUGACUGUUUCUACGAACAUUUGUGAAAGAAUGAUCCCCUAUCAGGGGCUCAUGAAUUUCCAGCGUGGAACUGUCAUAGGAUGCCACCGGUGCAACAAAUCCAGUCGUGAAAUGUCCUCGCUCCUAAAUAUUCCAAAGUCAACUGUUGGUUUUAUUAUAAAGAAAAUGGAAGAGUUUGGGAACAACAGCAACUCAGCCACCAAGUCCUGCCUCAGUAAUGGGAAUUUUGCCUCUUCGGGGAGACAGUUCUUUUGGUUAAGGUCCUGAAAAAAAAAGACAAAACGGUCCAAAGAGUUGCCUCUAAGAACCGUUUUGUUUGGAGCUCAGUGAUUUGCAGCGUGGAACUGUUGUAGGAUGCCACCUGUGCAACAAAUCCAGUCGUGAAAUGUCCUCGCUCCUAAAUAUUCCAAAGUCAACUGUCGGCUUUAUUAUAAAGAAAAUGGAAGAGUUUGGGAACAACAGCAACUCAGCCACCAAGUCCUGCCUCAGUUAUGGGAAUUUUGCCUCUUCAGGGAGACACUUCUUUCGACUCAGCUCCCGAAAAAACAAAGACAAAACGGUCCAAAGAGUUGCCUCAAAGAACCGUUCGUUUGCGAACAACCCAUCACUAAUCUGCUGUUUUAACUUAUGAGGCCUAUUUAAAGGAAGUUGAUGAAUCGCUAGCUGUUCAAAGUCGGGACCUGAGGUUGACCACUCGUCUGUGCAUCAGUUGGGGACGUCUCUGCACUGCUGACUUGUCUCCACUCAAGAUGAUCCCCUGCUGACCCCACUAUGGACUGGACUCUCACACUAUUAACUAGAUCCACUCGACGUCCAUUGCACUGGUCGCCCAGAGGGUGGGGGGGUCCUCUCCAAGGUUUCUCAUUUUAUCCAAUUGGGUUGAGUUUUUCCUUGCCCUGAUGUGUGAUCUGAGCCGAGGAUGUCGUUGUGGCUUGUGCAGCCCUUUGAGACACUCGUUAUUUAGGGCUAUUUAAGUAAACAUUGAUUAAGUGUCGCCAAUCAGCCUAUCCCCAUACACAUUGCAAUAGUGGUCAUUGUGGAAUAACCCACAUUUUGUGAAGCCAAACAGAAAUAUCAUUUUUUUUAAUGUGCCUAAAGGGUUAAGUGCAAAACGAAUUAUGUUAAAAUGUAAAAAAAAAAAAAAGAUAAAUGGCGAGGUUAUAUUCAGUUCUGGGCUCCAUGGUCGCAGAGGGGUUAGUGCGUCUGCCUCACAAUACAAAGGUCCUGAGUAGUCCUGGGUUCAAUCCCGGGCUCGCUCAGGAUCUUUCUGUGUGGAGUUUGCAUGUCCUCCGCGUGAAUGCGUGGGUUCCCUUUGGGUACUCUGGCUUCCUCCCACCUCCAAAGACAUGCACCUGGGGAUAAGCCCCUCCCACCUCUAAAGACAUGCACCUGGGGAUAGGCCCCUCCCACCUCCAAAGACAUGCACCUGGGGAUAGGCCCCUCCCACCUCCAAAGACAUGCACCUGGGGAUAGGCCCCUCCCACCUUCAAAGACAUGCACCUGGGGAUAGGUUGAUUGGCAACACUAAAUUGGCCCUAGUGUGUGAAUGUGAGUGUGAAUGUUGUCUGUCUAUCUGUGUUGGCCCUGCGAUGAGGCGACGACUUGUCCAGGGCUUACCCCGCCUUCCGCCCAAUUGUAGCUGAGAUAGGCACCAGUGACCCCAAAGGAAAUAAGCGGUUGGAAAUGGAUGGAUGGAUGGAUAUUCAGUUCUGGGCAUUAAAUAAAAUACCAUUUGAAAAUCUAUGCAUGGUUUUGUAAUGGGCUCUGCUGCCAUCUGCUGGUUUACUGUGGAAAUAGCAUGUUGUUCGACCAGCUCUCCCAAUAUGCUCUUUAAAUAUAUUUACACACAUCACUUAUUCGGCAAAUUAGAAACGUAGUUGUUUUCUAAACUGUCUUCCAUUCAAUAUAUUUUCCAUAUAUUCAUUGUUUUGCCCGGGUUGAAACGAGCGAACUGGGAGACGACGUGUGGACUAUUCCAAUAAUGUUAGCCUUUUCAAGUAGAUACAUUUUUUAGCCUCUUUUUAAAAAAUAAAACAUCUGAAACGCUGAA